AUGGCUCAACACUGGGGUGCGGCUGUUGGACCUCUUGCUCUCACAGCCCAUAAUCCACUACCAAAAGGAGCAAAGGAUGUUUUACCCAAACAUAAAGGGGACGGGAAACUUUCAGUUGAAGAGCAUUUGAAUUCUUUUAAUGUAGCAACUGGAAUCUUAGCAAUCCAAUAUGAGGAUGUGGCUAUUAGGCUUUUUGUCCAAACUCUCACCGAAGGGGUAGCAGAAUGGUUUAGCCAGCUGCAACUUCCUACCACUGAGUAUUUAAAGCUUAACCCAAAAGAGUUGGAUAAACUAGUCAAAUAUGUUAAAGGAGAUUCCUUUUUGGAGUCCCAAGUACAUGGAUGUAUGGAAAAUAGUGAUUUAGCUGCUGCAGAGGGGCCUUCAUCUAUCCCCUACUCAUUAGCUAAUCUGGCAAAUCCCUAUGCUUUUCAUGAUACAAAGUCUAGGCAUGAGGUUGAGAUUCCAAAACCUGAACCUUUCUAUAUUUCCCUUCUCCUGAAUGGCCAAAAUUUAAUGAGUUACAAAAUGCUUUUGAGUAGGACAUUUUGCAAAGAUCUUGGAGGUGAAAUCAAAAUGGACUGGUAUGAAGCCAUUAUUCCCCUUGGAAAUCAGAAAAUCAAGCUUGAACCUAAGCGCAAAAAUAAGUAUACUAUUUUUCCCUCAGAUAACCCCAAAGCCCAGAUUCUAUUUCAAGAGUGUGAGUUUGGAAACUAUCUUGUUCUUGCACCUAGUGACAAGAAAACGGAUGAGGCAAUUGAUGGAACUGACGGGCUAUGGACAGAUCAUUUUCAGGAUUUGAGUGCAGUAUUGCAGCAUUGCUAUGAGCAUGGGAUUUCUCUGAAUCCUAAGAAAUCAGUUUUUUCUGUCACGGAGGGCAAAUUGUUAGGACAUAUCAUCUCACAAAAGGGAGUCAAGAUUGACCCAAAGAGGGUUAAUGCAAUUCAACGUCUCAGUUUACCCUCUAGCCGGACUGGGGUAAGAUCGUUCUUUGGUCAAGUGAAUUUCUUAAGAAGAUUUGUUCUAGAGUUUGUUGAGACCACAAAACACAUUGUUGGCUUGCUAAGUGAGCAACAUCCUUUUAAGUGGACCGAAGAGGCCAAAGAUGCUUUUGAGAAAAUUAAGGGAUCAAUUGCAAAUGUGCCCACUCUUGUUAAUCCAGAUUUCACGAAGGAUUUCAUUUUGUAUUGCUAUGCAUCAGAACAUACUAUGUCUGGGAUUCUGUUGCAGUUGGAUGAAAAUGGGGCUGAAAUGCCCAUAGCGUUCAUGAGUACUCCACUGAAGAAGCAUGAGCUUAAGCAUUCACCUAUGGAGAAGCAUGCAUAUGCUGUUGUAAAAGCCAUGAAACAGUUUUGA